AGGACAGGCGGGGUUCGCCAGGCCCGGGGGUCUCUCUGCGCGCUCCAGCCGCUCCACCCGCCGCCCCCAGCCGCUGCAGCCCCGCGGGGCCGCCCCCGGCCCGCCCCCGGCCGGCCCUACAUAGCGGCGGUGCCGCCCCCGGCGCGUCCCGGCCCCGCUCCGCCAUGGCCCCGGCGCUCCGGCUCUGCGUCCUGGCCCUGGCCCUGCUGCCCGCCGCCGUCGCCGCGCAGGAGGUGGCCGGAGAUUGUCGCCAGUAUACGAACAGGAGCUGUGAAGAAUGCCUGAAAAAUGUCACUUGCCUGUGGUGUGCCAGCAGCAGGAGGUGCAUGGAGUACCCCGUCCGAAGAAUCCUCCCGCCGGCCGACCUGUGCGAGCUCCGCUCGGCGCGCUGGGGAGUCUGCUGGGUGAACUUUGAAGCCCUGAUCAUUGCAAUGUCCGUGGUGGGAGGAACACUUCUGAUCAUGUUGGGGGUCUGCUGCUGCUGCUGCUGCUGUUGUAAGAAAAAGAGCAAAAAGCCAGACAAGGAUGACGAGAGAGCAGCCAGGGAGCGGGAGAAGAGGCGGGUUCGGCAGGAGGAGAGGAGAGCAGAGAUGAAAUCACGGCAUGAUGAAAUCCGAAGAAAAUACGGCCUGUUCAAGGAAGAGAACCCUUACGCAAAAUUUGAGAAUUAGCAUCUCCAGACACACCCACCCACCCUGGUGAACAGUGCCUUCUGCAGAGCCAAAAGUCUCCAGGCUUCCCCCCACCACCAUGGUGCCACUUCAACUGCCACAGAAGAUGACCCAAAUCCUUGGUGACACCAUUGUCCCCACUCCAGGUGCUUGGUCUGCCCAGACUUUGCUCUUGCCCUGCUGGUGCAAGAAACCGUGGUGGCAAUACUGGAGGAUGGAGCAUUUCUUCUCACUCACCCCAGGGUGGUUGUGGUGUCCAAAGCAAUGCACAUAACAGUCCUUGUCCCAGCCAAGGGCAAAAGCAAUGUCACACAUCUCCCUCACUCCUGCCUCACCAAGAACACUUCAUGCACACAGAGCUAGCCUCUUCUGCUCUUCUCCCCCCCUUUUUUUUUUCUUUUAGUAUACGCAAAAGCCAGCAAGAGUUUCCUGACGUAAGGGCUAGCAGGAGGCUUUGGCUGUCACUCCAGGUGCAUGCACUUAUCCCAGCACAUUAGCAGUCCUCUCAAAGAGCACAAGUUUCUGG